AGUCAAACGUAGCUGAGGUUGAUUGCAAGUUGGCAAUAGGUUCUGUUGAACAUAUUGUUGCUUAUGCCACUGUUAUGGAGUGCGAGGAUCCUUCCCAACUCGUUCAUGGCACUCCACUAGGGGAUGGUAAUGUGCGUGUUUCCAUCUAUGCCGCGCUUGAGGAGAAAGCAAAAGUGCCAUUUCCUGUGAAAGAUGAAAUUGAAACAGUGAAGCAGGCUAUGGGGAGUUGGGUCGCAUGGCCUAAACACCUAGUCAUAAAAUCUGCAGUCAAGGUAAGAACUGUGUAUAAUUCAACCUGUAGCUACUUUGAUAACAUUCAUUUGUUUAUAGAAAUUCACUUAAUUGUAGAUAUGCAGCUUAUAUUUAUGAUUUGUACCUUACAUUUAUUUUCUUAUUCUAGAAACCUACCAAGGAUAAAGCUGAUAAGAAGAAGAAAAGGAAAGAGAUAGGGGAAGAGGACUCGGAGAUUGAAUUUGGCUUGGCCAAAUUGGCACCAUCGUUGCCAGCUUCAUUGAAGUUGUUAUGUUUGUGGGGUGAGGAUGCAUUCAAAGAUGGGAAUACAAUCAACUUCUACAUGGAGCCUGAAGUGUUUGGAUAUUCUCGCAAGACAUUUAUAUUGGGAAAAGAUGUUAGGCGACUUGCAAGCAUGAGGGAAGUAACUGGAACUUGCAUUGCUGUGUAUCAAAGGUACCUCUAUGAUAAGUUGAAGGCUUAUAAAAUGCUGGACAUGGUUGCGUUUGUUGACCCUUCACUUAUUGGUGCUGUGGGGUGUGGGAAUGGAACUGUCAAGGCCCAACACAUCAAAGAUAGGCUUGUAACUGCUAAACCAGGGCAGAUGUUCAUGCUGCCAUAUAACUCAGGUGAUCAUUGGGUGUUGACACUUGUUGAUCCGGAGAAAGGAACUGCCUAUUUUAUGGACCCGCUGAAAAGACGCUUACCCACAGGAGAUUGGAUGUCUAUCGUGGAUACUGCUAUGCGUAUGUAUAUUUCUGCAAAGAAUAAGCAGAGUCGGAGUUCAGUCCAUUGGAAAAAUUUGGCUAGCAUUCCUCCCCAACCUAGCAACAAGGAGUGCGGGUACUUUAUCAUGCGAUACAUGAGAGAUAUCAUUGAGGAUAAAGACAUGUCAUUGUUUCCUUCCAAGUGGGAGAGGAGAGGCAGUAGCCAAUACACCCAGGCAGAUAUUGAUCAAGUGCGAAAUGAGUGGGGGAAGUUUGUUGUCAACACAUAUGUGCACGAGUCAUGA